AUGGGCCCGUCCCGUCAGGUUUACCUGCUUCCAUUGAAGGAUGAUGGCUCUCCCGAUGUGCCGGGAGGGUACAUCUAUCUUCCACCUCCGACCGACCCGCACUACGUGCUCCGGUUUAUCAUCGAGGGCACCAGCUCGAUCUGCCGCCAAGGCAGUCUGUGGGUGAACAUCCCCGAGAAGGGCAAGGCAUUCGACCGCCAUUCGUUCAGAGAGUUCAGAUUGCAGCCCCAUUUCAGCAAGAACAUCCAGAUCGACAUCCCGGUCCCCUGCGCGGGCGCAUUCGCCUUCUAUACGAGCUUCUUGCCGCUGCCGGAGUUCUCGGUCGACCGUGUGUCUACCCCGGAACCGACUCAGACGCCUAUUCAUUACAUUGAUGUGUCGCCAAAGCUGUCUCUGCGUGGAAAUGAUCUUCCUCUUAAUGCGCUUUCGAUUUUCUCGGUUCUUUCAAAGUUCAUGGGCCAGUAUCCGACCGACUGGGAUAAACAUCUCCAUGGAAUCAGUCAGCGGAACUACAAUAUGGUCCAUUUCACGCCCCUGAUGCAACGGGGAAGCUCCAAUUCGCCAUAUAGCAUAUUCGAUCAGCUGUCGUUCGACUCUGAGCUUUUUCCCAACGGAGAGAAAGAUGUAUCAUCGUUGGUCUCACGGAUGGAAUCCGAAUACGGGCUCUUGACGUUGACCGAUGUCGUUUGGAACCACACUGCGAAUAAUAGCAAAUGGCUAGAAGAACACCCAGAGUCCGGAUACAGCGUGGAGACGGCUCCGUGGCUGGAAUCGGCCCUGGAGCUGGACACGGCGCUGCUCAAGUUCGGCGAGGACCUGGAAAGCCUAGGUCUACCAACUGAGUUCAAGACGGAGGAUGAUCUGGUGAAGGUCAUGAAUGUGUUGCGGAAGGAAGUCAUCGAUGGGCUUCGUCUGUGGGAGUUCUACGCAAUAAACCCUAAGGCCGACGCGAAGAAGAUUCUUGACGCUUGGUCCAGUGCCCAAGUCGAUCUCACAAGCCCACAGUGGAAGCAUCUUGACCCUGAGCAGUUCAAGGCAGGCACAUUGACACAGCAAGCCAAUGUGACCCGUGAGCAUGGAAUUCCGACAUCGAAGCAGCUUCUGGGGAGAUUCUCCCGUCAGGUGGACCCCGAAUUCGGCGCAGCUAUUCUGACUGUGCUCUUUGGUCGUUACGACGCGUCGGCCUCAGACCUUCCAGGAGUUGAAACAUCUCUGCUGAAGCUACUGGAUGAAGUCAAUUUGCCUUUCUACAAGGAAUUCGAUACAGACUUGGAGGAUAUGAUGGAUCAACUUUUCAAUCGCAUCAAGUACCUCCGGAUCGACGGUCAUGGCCCCAAGUUGGGUGCCGUCACCAAAGAUUCUCCUUUGAUCGAGUCCUACUUCACUCGCCUCCCCAUCAAUGAAACGACCAAGAAGCACAGUCCAAGAGCUCUUGCUCUGGUAAACAAUGGCUGGAUCUGGAACGCCGACGCGAUGCGCGACAACGCUGGACCCGACUCCAAGGCGUACCUACGCCGGGAGGUUAUUGUGUGGGGAGAUUGUGUCAAGCUGAGAUAUGGCAACUCGCCCAAGGAUAGUCCAUUCCUCUGGCAAUUCAUGACCCGAUAUACGCAGUUGAUGGCUAAAUACUUCUCUGGGUUCCGAAUUGACAACUGCCAUUCAACACCCCUGGUAGUCGCUGAAUACUUGCUUGACGAAGCACGGAAAGUGAGGCCUGAUUUGACUGUCUUCGCGGAGCUUUUCACUGGCUCCGAAGAGGCUGAUUAUGUGUUCGUCAAACGUCUCGGAAUCAAUGCACUAAUUCGAGAGGCAAUGCAGGCCUGGAGCACGGCAGAGCUAAGUCGUCUGGUCCACCGACAUGGUGGACGUCCCAUAGGAAGCUUUGAUAUGGAUCUGCCGUCUGCUAGUAGCCACUCUAUUGAGACAGGGGUUGCUGAUGAGCAAGUUACGCACAUUCGGCCAUGUCCUGUGCAAGCACUCUUCAUGGAUUGCACCCACGACAAUGAAGUACCGGCCCAGAAACGCGACGCAAGGGACACUCUGCCGAAUGCCGCUCUCGUUGCCAUGUGUGCUUCUGCCAGUGGCAGUGUGAUGGGAUAUGAUGAGAUAUACCCCAAGCUUGUCGAUCUCGUUCAUGAGAAACGGCAAUAUGCAUCCAAAUUUUCCGAAGUGGACAAAUUACAAACAGGGUCUGGCGAAGGGGGUAUCGGGGGAGUCAAGAAGCUGUUGAAUGAGCUGCACACCAUGAUGGGUGUCGAGGGCUAUGACGAAACCCAUAUCCAUCAUGAUGGUGAAUUCAUCACCGUUCACAGGGUCCAUCCGAAGACCCGAAAGGGAGUCUUCUUGAUUGCACAUACCGCGUUCCCGGGCAAUGAUAGCGGUAAAAUCUUACCCCCAACUCAUAUUAGCGGAACCCGGGCGAAACACAUUGGAUCUUGGAUACUGGAGGUCGAUGCAGACGAGGGCACAAGGGAGAAGGUUCUGGCCGACGACAAGUACCUAAAGGGUCUUCCUAGCCGCACUAGUGACAUCGAGGCUACCAAGAUUGAGGAGAACGGCAAUGAUGUUACCAUUUCCGUGCUAGGCCCCUUUGCCCCGGGUGCUAUUGCUCUCUUCGAGACCUGGAUUCCUGGAACUGAGCGUGUUGCUGGUUUGGACAACUACCUCGCAAGUGGUGCCGAUGAGGCAUUUUCGAAGCUAAGCUUGAUCGACUUGAACUUUGUGCUCUAUCGCUGUGAGGCCGAAGAGAGGGAUUCUAGCGGCGGCCAGGACGGAGUGUACGACAUUCCAGAACAUGGCCCGCUCGUCUACGCUGGACUUCAGGGUUGGUGGAGCAUUCUUGAAGAUAUAAUCAAGUACAACCAACUCGCUCAUCCUCUUUGCAACCAUCUGCGACAAGGGCAGUGGGCUUUGGAUUAUGUGGUUGGACGCAUGGAAAAGAUGGCCACUAAGGAAGGAUAUGUUGCCCUGCUUCAACCUGCGACUUGGCUGCGAGAGCGAUUCGAUGCUGUCCGCGGAUUGCCUAGCUUCCUGCUCCCGAGAUAUUUCGCCAUCAUUUUACAGAUUGCUUACAACGCUGCGUGGAAGAGAAGCAUCCACCAAUUCAGCGACAACGUGCGGCACGGUCAAGAGUUCAUCCAUCAGUUGGCAAUGGUCAGCGUCCAACAGACGGGUUAUGUGAAUUCGGCGUCGUUGUGGCCUACCAAGCACGUUCCGAGUCUGGCAGCAGGACUGCCCCAUUUUGCUGUUGAUUGGGCACGGUGCUGGGGCCGAGAUGUCUUUAUCUCCAUCCGCGGCCUCUUCCUUUGCACUGGGCGGUUCGACGAUGCUAAGGAGCAUAUUCUCGCUUUUGCCAGUGUGCUCAAACAUGGCAUGAUCCCGAAUUUGCUGAGCAGCGGCAAGCUACCGCGAUACAAUUCCAGGGAUUCAGUCUGGUUCUUCUUGCAAGCCAUUCAGGACUACUCGAAGAUGGCACCAAAUGGCAUUGAGAUCUUGCAAGAGAAGGUCCCACGACGAUUCUUGCCAUAUGACGAUACGUGGUUCCCAUUCGACGAUUCGCGAGCUUAUUCCCAGUCCCCAACGCUUCUGGAAUGUAUCCAAGAGGUGUUUCAGAGACACGCCCAUGGCAUGUCCUUUCGAGAAUACAAUGCUGGCCCAGACCUCGAUGUUCAGAUGAAGUCUGAAGGUUUUCAGAUCGAUAUAAAGGUGGAUUGGGACACCGGUAUUAUCUUUGGUGGCAGUCAAAGCAACUGUGGCACCUGGCAAGACAAGAUGGGAGAGAGUGAGAAGGCUGGAAACAAGGGAUUCCCCGGAACUCCUCGCGAUGGUGCUGCCAUUGAGAUCACCGGUCUUGUCUUCAGCGCUCUCCGCUGGGUUUCCGAGCUGCACGAUUCCAACCUCUAUCCUCACAAAGGUGUCGACAUUGAUGAUGGCAGCUCCAUUACCUUUACUGAGUGGGCCAACAAGAUCCUGGAUAAUUUCGAGCGCUGCUACCAUAUCCCUGUCGAUCCCCAGCAAGACAGUCAGUAUGAUGUCGACCCUGCGAUCAUCAACCGCCGGGGCAUCUACAAAGAUUUGUACAAAUCCGGAAAGCCCUUCGAGGACUACCAGCUCCGCUCGAACUUCCCCAUUGCAAUGUCUGUGGCACCCUCGCUUUUCAACCCAGAGCGCGCACUCAAAGCUCUCGCAAUUGCAGAGCCUGCCAUUCUCGGCCCUGUCGGCAUGGCGACAUUAGACCCGUCGGACAUGAAUUAUCGGCCAAACUACAAUAACUCCGAGGACUCGACCGACUUCGCCACUUCCAAGGGACGCAACUACCACCAAGGUCCAGAGUGGGUCUGGCAACGUGGUUACUUCCUUCGUGCAUUCCUAUACUUUGAUCUCAAGAGCCGCGGAAAUACUCCCGAGGAACGCACCGAGGCGUUCCAGCAGGUCACUCGCCGACUUGAUGGCUGCAAGAAGGCUUUACGAGAAAGUCCGUGGAAGGGCUUGACGGAGCUGACCAACAAAAAUGGAGAGUAUUGCGCUGAUUCGUCGCCUACUCAGGCCUGGUCUGCAGGCUGCCUACUUGAUUUAUACUACGAUGCUUCCAAGCUUGCAUAA